AUCAACACAAGAAAUUAGAAAACUAGCAUAUAAUGAUGCUUUCCUUCGUUUCUCAAGAAAGAAAACAAGAUAGGAAAUCCAGUUCACCGGAAAAGAUUUCCAUCUACCCAAAACAGCUCAGAAACCAUUUUCCUCUUAACUUCAGUUCCUCACUAGUUGUUGGUCAAAAAUCAGCUGGUUUUUCUUUGUGAAAAAGAAGCCAUGGCAGGUCAAGUUGUGAUAUCAGCAGUUGCUGGGGCCGGUUUCGAGAUAAUUUUUGGUGAUUUCUUAAAGAUGGUUUUAAAAGCACAGAAAAACAACUCCCAGUUCAAGCCAAGCUUGAAGCGCCUAGAGGAGAUGUUGAAAGAUAUGGCUCCAAAUAUCAAGAAAAUAGAAUCUCUCAACGCAGAACUUGAUCAACCAAAGCAACUUGAAAGGCUCAAAGGAUUAGUGACAAAAGGCAAUGAUUUAGUCAAUAAAUGCUCAAAAAUCCAGAAAUACAACUAUUUGAAGAGGCCUCUUUAUAACAAGAAACUUCUCAAGUUAGAGAAGGAUAUUCGUGAUCAUAUUAGCAGUGUUUUGCAACUUCAGGCGGUAGCAGAUACAAAAGAGAUUUUGCAUACACAAAAUUCGAAUUUGGUUGCUGUGAAAGAUGUUUCUUCUGGAGUAAGACAGUUAAGUGAUCAAUUUGGGAAGUUAAGCAUGACUCUAAGCAAUGCUUGUAGGGUGGAUUCAAGCAAGAGCUAUAGUAAUACUAUUUUAGCUGGUGUGUGCUCACCUCCUCUACUGAAAGUGGAUCCUGUUGGAUUGAAGAUUCCAUUGAGUGAUCUGGAGAUAAAGCUGCUUAAUGAUGAGACAUCACAGCAUAUUGUGUUAUCUGCUCCUGGAGGAUGUGGAAAGACAACAUUGGCUACAGCACUUUGUCAACAUGGGAAUGUUAAAGAUAAAUUCAAGAGCAACAUCUUCUUUAUCAACGUUUCAAAGCUGCGCGACCUGCUGGUCAUUGUGAAGAUGAUAUUCCAGCAUAAAGAAAUCGAGUUACCUGAUUUUCGAAGUGAAGAAGAUGCAGCUAACCAUUUGGAACGUUUGUUCAAGCAGAUAGGACCAGAUCCAAUAUUAUUGGUCCUUGAUGAUGUUUGGCCAGUAUCGAAAUCUAUUCUUGACAAGCUCAAGUUCCGAAUAGAAAAUUACAAGAUUUUGGUGACAUCAAGAUAUGAAUUUCCAAGUUUUGGAUCCACAUAUAAAUUGGAAACAUUGAAUCUUGCAGAUGCCAUGACCCUUUUUCAGAAAUUGGCAUUUCCAUUGGAUCAGCAGUCAUAUGCUCCAGAUCACAAAAGUCUAGAGGAGAUGGUAAAAUGCUGCAGGGGAUUUCCUCUAGUCAUUUCAGUUGUUGGAAAAUCUUUGUGCCGAAAGUCUGCAGCAGAAUGGCGUAAGAGACUUAAGGAAUGCUCUAAACCUGCUUCUAUUCUUUACGACAAUGAAAUUCUCAAUUGUCUUCAAAGCAGUGUGGAAGCCUUCAAUGAUAAUGUAGUAGCCAAGGAAUGUUUCAUGGACCUUGGUUCAUUCCCUGAAGACCAUAGGAUUCCUGCUACUACCCUUAUUGAUAUGUGGGCAGAAUUGUAUAACCUAGAUGAGGACGACGCCAUUGCCAAUCUCCAUGAACUUUCUGAUAGGAAUCUGAUUGAAGUUGUAGUUACAAGGAAAGAUGCAAACGAAGACGACGGCUCCUAUAAUGAGCAUUUUGUCACACAGCAUGACCUGCUCAGGGAGCUGGCCAUCCGUGAAAGCAACUCAGGAAACAUUGAGGACAGGAAACGAGUAUUAUUGGAGAUAAUUGAAAAUAAAAUCCCUGAGUGGUUGAUGGAACAAGAUCAGCUAUCAAUCAGGGCCAAACUCUUAUCUAUCUCAACAGAUGAAAAAUUCUCAUCAAGUUGGUCCACCAUGCAAGCGCCGGAAGUUGAGGUUUUACUUCUGAAUUUUCAGACAGAGAAAUACUCAUUACCUGAGUUCAUAGAAAGAAUGAAUAAGCUAAAAGUUUUAGUACUUCACAAUUAUGGGUUCGUUCCAGCCGAAUUGAGCAAUUUCCCACUUCUUGGUUCUUUAUCAAAUCUAAAGAGAAUAAGACUGGAAAAGGUUUCCAUCCCAUCCCUUUUCUUGACUUCAAUGAAAUGGAGGAAGCUAGAAAAGAUGUCCUUGGUUAUGUGCAAUAUUGAUCAAGCUUUUAAUAAAUCUACCAACAAGAUUUCGGAUGCAUUCCCAAAGUUAGUCGACCUCACCAUUGACUACUGCAAUGACCUGGAGGAAUUGCCAACAGGAUUCUGUGAUCUUGUCUUGCUAAGAAAGCUCAGUAUCACGAAUUGUCACAAGCUUUUGGCACUGCCGGAGGACAUGGGAAAUUUAAUUGAUUUGGAGGUCCUAAGGCUCAACUCCUGCAUCGAAUUGACAGAGUUACCGGGCACAAUCGGUAGACUUCAUAAGCUGCAGAUUCUUGACUUAUCCGAAUGUCUAAGUGUAAAAGAAUUGCCAGAACAGAUCGGUCAGUUGCAUGAUCUGAGUAAGCUCUACAUGAUAGAGUGCUCAAGUUGUGAAUUGCCAUCAUCAGUUGCGAAUCUUGUCCACCUAAACGAAGUAAUAGGCGAUCAAGAAACUGCCAUGUCAUGGAAUCGUUUCAAACCCUGCCUUCCAUCUCUGACGAUAAAGGUACAUAAGGAAAACAACUUGAACUGGCUUGGUUAGCCAUUGUUUUCUGAUAAUGAUUAUUCUCCAAGAAUUCUGACGAGCCUUUAAUUUGUAAUUAUGUCAUUGUGCUUUCCUUUAAUGCAUAGAAAGAAGGUGUGAUUCUGUAAA